AUGUCGUUUAUUACAUUGCAGAUGCAAUUUAUGCUUCUGUUCAGCAGACAGGGUAAACUUCGUUUGCAGAAAUGGUUUGUUUCCCAUCCAGACAAGAUGAAGAAAAAAAUUACUCGAGAACUUGUUGCUACCAUUCUUGCCAGAAAACCAAAAAUGUCAAGUUUUAUAGAAUGGAAAGAUUUGAAAAUAGUCUAUAAGAGGUAUGCUAGUCUGUAUUUUUGUUGCUGUAUUGAGAAGGAGGAUAAUGAAUUACUAACACUUGAGAUUGUUCACAGAUACGUUGAACUGCUUGACAAAUACUUUGGAAAUGUUUGUGAAUUAGAUAUCAUCUUCAAUUUUGAAAAAGCAUAUUUCAUGUUGGAUGAGUUCAUUUUAGGAGGGGAGGUUCAAGAUUCAAGUAAGAAGAGCAUUCUUAAUGCCAUUGCUCAGAUGGAUCUUUUGCAAGAGGUUGUCGUUUUAAUCUUUUGUUUGCAUUUCACGUAA